GGGAGCUUACACACGCGGGAACUUGCAGACGAGAGGCACAAAUCUUUGCGAUCACUUCCAUCAACCGAUACCUUAACAUGCAUUUAAUAGGUACUUACUUAACUGUAAUUGAUCUGGUUGUCUCAAGAUCUGUUUUGCUGUAGUUGAGAGUAAAAGCUCAGAGGAAUUUUUUGUUGGGAUUUUGCCAGUUUGUGAUAGCAGAAAUCUCCGAAAAUCAUUGCUACCAUCUUUCGUUUCGCUUUCGAUAAUGAAGUGUUUCGUCAUAGUGACUGCUUGCUGAUGAGGACUAAUUAAGGGAUUUCACAAGAAGGGGCAACUGCAGAGGAUCACAGUUACAACGUAGCCAUCAAGGCUGCUAUAUGAGACGGGAUGUCCUGCAAAGUCACGGGAAUGUAUUGGAUUCUAGAUGAGAACGUGGAGAGAUCUGAAAAUAGAUAAUUGAAAUCAAGUUUGUUACGUUCACUUUCCUUCACGACUGACCUCUGAGACUUGGCAAGCGUGAGGAAGACCGUUGGAAUCCUGUCACCUUUGGAAAGACGAAAUGGCACUUGGAUGAAUGCUAUGAUCUUCGGUCUUGUUUCUGAUAGUGAUGUUAUUUGGGCCUUCAGUUGUACUUGAUCGCGCUUGGCUGCAUUUGACCGCUUUUCCUCGACAUACUUGGAUCUAAACUUGAGUUUGUAAAUGUUGAUAGCCAUCUACCCUGAGUCUAUGCCAUCAUGAUCCUCACCCAGUCACCGUGGAUCUGGUUCAUACCAGUGUUCAUCGUCCUCGUUCUCAUCGUAACCAUCGUCGCCAUCUGCAUCUGCAAGUGGCCUCGUCGUCGUAAGGUCCCACGUCACGUCGACCCGCGAAUCAUUCUCAAGGACGUCAACCAUGUCGAAGUCAUCUCCAACCCCGGCGUUCCUGCGUCGCCGUCAAUGCCUCGGUUCUCGACCAUCGGCGACGGCUAUCUCGUCCGGAAAAUCGACCUGACAAUCCCGCCAGAGGUGCCGUCAGUCGAUCCGCCACCGCUGCCGUCGCGCCCGCCGUCGAUGGCGGCGAUCCAGAAGAAAGCGUCGUCGAAGAGGAGAAAGAGUAGAAAGAAUCAACUGCGGCUGGUGGAUGAUAGUUAUCACGGGCUUGAGGAACCGAACUUUAGCACCAUGAUCCCGGAUAUCACCAUUCUGGAUAUGGGUAUGUCCGAACACAAGCGGUACGAGUUCAAUUUGGAUCCAACGGAAUGCGCGAGAGAAAAGCUGAUUUUAGAUUGAUUAACAUUGACUUAGUAUCAUCCAUAAUAUAGUAAUACUCAAACAAUGACAUCGGAAACAUAAUAUGAUUGACAGCUAGCAUGGCUAGCAGACGCGAACUAUCAACAAUAUUGAGACGGCAUAGAUGUCACACUCAAUUUGAUUGUUACGAUGAUGUGGAGAUUAUUUUAAGGUCGAUAUUUUCAUAGUUCUGUGUGUGCCACGUUUAGUAGGUGAACUCCAAUUCUACAUUUAUUUUGAGAAACGAACGGAGGACGUUUUGAAUGUUGGUGAUCAACAGAGUCAAAUCAAGUCACAGACUUUGAUGUGAUGGCGGAGUGGUCAAAGUAUACAGAUCUGACGAAUCGCAAACAAUGAGGACCAGAUCGAAUUAUGUGUCAAAUUUUGACUCGAAAGUGUGUCGAGAGGUCUAUAUUAUCGGAUUAUUCAUUGAUCAAAAUGUAAUUGUGUCAAUAGAACCUUAUGACGUCGACUUUUUUUCGACCAGGUCAUAACCGGGUCCGUAAUUUACGGGAAAUGUGCCGAUAGUUCAAUGAUCUGAAUGAUCUAUCUUUAUAUGAAUGUAUAUGUUCAAGUUAGCCGGAUAAUGGUUUACUUAAAUUGCGGUUAGAUUACACGGAUACAUAACGCAGAUACUUCCUGACUAAAUCGGAUCAAACUGGUUCCGAGUUUGACUGAGAUCUGGCAAUAGAAUGCAUUGAUAUGACUGUGCAUUGUCUUUGGAUUUAUACGGUAACUGUGUUUUUUUUAAAUUAUUAUUCUGCUUAAAAAGAUGAAUAAAUAAAUGUAAUGACGCUGAUACUUCUCCAGAAAUCGGAUAAAACCGGAUCUGACUUUGCCUAGAACACGGGCCAAGGUUUAUAAAAAUCAACUUAAUCUGUAUGUUGAUGUACCCUCCCCAUAGGCGUAUUAAUCAGUGACUCGUUAUCCUUGCGACCUCGCCUUGAAAGACACAUUCUAAGACGGUUAUAAAACUAUAUCAGAGUGAUCGUAUUAGGCCCUCAGUCACUUUGAUAACAAUCUAUAGUAUAUACCGAAUUUCUACUUUUUCUAAUAAAUGAUGUUUUCUUUAUUCUGAUACUUAAUUAUCUGAAUAUAUAUUUAUACAGUCUGUCUGAAAGGAACAUUUAUCCAGAACUAAAAUUCUACUAUCUGUAGCAUGUUUUAUGGUCAAUAAAGGUUAUUCAUUUAUUAAAGAGACAGACAGGACUAGCUUUAAGUCAUUCAUUUAUUACAGAGACAGACAGGACUAACUCUAAGUUAUUCAUUUAUUAAAGAGACAGACAGGACUAACCCUAAGUUAUUCAUUUAUUAAAGAGACAGACAGGACUAACUCUAAGUUAUUCAUUUAUUAAAGAGAUAGAGAGGACUAACUCUAAGGUAUUCAUUUAUUAAAGAGACAGACAGGACUAACUCUAAGUUAUUCAUUUAUUAAAGAGACAGACAGGACUAACUCUAAGUUAUUCAUUUAUUAAAGAGACAGACAGGACUAACUCUAAGUUAUUCAUUUAUUAAAGAGACAGACAGGACUAACCCUAAGUUAUUCAUUUAUUAAAGAGAUAGAGAGGACUAACUCUAAGGUAUUCAUUUAUUAAAGAGACAGACAGGACUAACUCUAAGUUAUUCAUUUAUUAAAGAGACAGAGAGGACUAACCCUAAGUUAUUCAUUUAUUAAAGAGACAGACAGGACUAACUCUAAGUUAUUCAUUUAUUAAAGAGAUAGACAGGACUAACCCUAAGUUAUUCAUUUAUUAAAGAGACAGACAGGACUAACUCUAAGGUAUUCAUUUAUUAAAGAGACAGACAGGACUAACCCUAAGUUAUUCAUUUAUUAAAGAGACAGACAGGACUAACUCUAAGUUAUUCAUUUAUUAAAGAGACAGACAGGACUAACUCUAAGUUAUUCAUUUAUUAAAGAGACAGACAGGACUAACCCUAAGUUAUUCAUUUAUUAAAGAGACAGACAGGACUAACUCUAAGUUAUUCAUUUAUUAAAGAGACAGACAGGACUAACUCUAAGUUAUUCAUUUAUUAAAGAGACAGACAGGACUAACCCUAAGUUAUUCAUUUAUUAAAGAGAUAGAGAGGACUAACUCUAAGGUAUUCAUUUAUUAAAGAGACAGACAGGACUAACUCUAAGUUAUUCAUUUAUUAAAGAGACAGAGAGGACUAACCCUAAGUUAUUCAUUUAUUAAAGAGACAGACAGGACUAACUCUAAGUUAUUCAUUUAUUAAAGAGAUAGACAGGACUAACCCUAAGUUAUUCAUUUAUUAAAGAGACAGACAGGACUAACUCUAAGGUAUUCAUUUAUUAAAGAGACAGACAGGACUAACUCUAAGUUAUUCAUUUAUUAAAGAGACAGACAGGACUAACUCUAAGUUAUUCAUUUAUUAAAGAGACAGACAGGACUAACUCUAAGGUAUUCAUUUAUUAAAGAGACAGACAGGACUAACUCUAAGUUAUUCAUUUAUUAAAGAGACAGACAGGACUAACUCUAAGUUAUUCAUUUAUUAAAGAGACAGACAGGACUAACCCUAAGUUAUUCAUUUAUUAAAGAGACAGACAGGACUAACUCUAAGGUAUUCAUUUAUUAAAGAGACAGAC